AUGCGUGGCCGUCGUCGCCACGUUCGCGACGAGCCAAAGCCGGUCCGGAUCGCCACCCUUCCCAUCAGUUGGCUGCAAUCGUCAGACACCAAUCACUGGCAUUAUUUCACUGAGAUAUACAACAUGUGUGUGAACGAAGCCGGCCGUCUGCAGGAUGAGAAGGGCUCUUGGGUCGACGUGACUUCGAUGACGCCGCCGGUCGCAGGCACUUACACUUUUGUUCCUAAUCGUGAGCCGACGCCCCUUGUCUCGCCUUCAGCGCAGCUGUUGAUGCACUAACGUCAAACCAUGUCCGCGCUCCAGACGGCGAAUAUGUAACUCUUUCGACUGGCCCCAUCGGCAAUAAGCUGGGCAGCAUCCCCUCGAUGCGUCACUCGGGCCGCGCGGAUGAUACGAAAAGUUCCUCCAGUCCCACCGUGGCAGCUCGCUACCAGGCGAGUCCACCCUUUCUAGGCUGCUGCCCCACCUGUUGUCCACACUUUAUUUGGCUUGACGUUAAAAACUUGCCACCGACUCCGCCCGAACAACUGUGACCACCUGACAGAACAAUUUCUUCGAAGAUCUUCUAUCGCGUGAUGGCGAGUGUAUCGUUUCGAAGGAAGAAUACCAGGGUUGCGUAGCCGCACACAUUAUACCUAUUUCACGGCUGGAUGUGAGCUCAUUGACACUGCUUUAGUGUUCCGCUGAUGUGGUCACAUGUACUGAUACUCCGCUUGGCCCGGCAGAUCUGGGAGCAGUUCGACGUGGUCUGGCCUUACCUCAGUCCAUGCGGUCUCUUCCUGUCAAAGCGCCUGCAUGAAUCGUGGGAGCGCUACGAAUGGGCCCUCUAUCCCUUGGGAGUGAGUCUCGACGUGAUUGUCUCUGCACCCCCUCUCAUUGCGUCGUACCGACCCUUCGACUGACUCUACAUGCGCCGUAUCUCGGUUCAGGACGGCAACUUGGUCGUGCACUACUUCCAUCCGAGUAGCGACAUCGACUUCGCGUAUCACGGGAAGGUGGUCCCUCGCUCGCAUUUUCGUGGUUCGCGCGCGAACUAUCCCAAUCUCAAGUGUCUCGGCUGGCAUUACCGCCAGUGCGUUCUGAUGCACCUGCGCGGUAUUGCUGUCAGAGAAGAGUAAGCAUGGAUUCUGAUUCUUGACCGUGUCUGACAGCCUUGGCCGUGCCAUGUCAGCUGAGAGGCGUGCAUCACUUGUCAAAAAUGACAGGCCCCACGCCGCGGUGCCCGAGACAGUUUGGGAGGAACGCAGGGCCAUGUGGAGCUGUGACCAUGGCCCCGGUGGUCCGCCACUCAUCUUCUUCUGCAGCUCAUCCCACACUUAUCCGCGCUUCUGA